UAUUUUGUGAUACAUAUAUUUAUCGAACACAAUGAUUAAAUAUGUAGUAACGAAUACGUCACCAGGUUUCGGCAAAUUACCUGAUAAACAGAUUUCUAUCAGAUUUUAUUUCCAAAACAUUUGGUUCAGUAAAACACUAUUAAUUCAUCGAAAAAGUAUUUUUGGCUUAUUCUUAAAUAAAAACUUGAGGCUCGUACAGAGCCGAUUUUGCAACUUGGCUAGUCAUACAAAUUCAUGCUAUAUAAAAAUUUAUUAAUACACUGCACUUGAAUAACAAGUACAAGAAACUAAAGAAAUUUUAGUUUGAUUAUUUAUGCAAAAAGCCUCUGACGUAAAUUAUUACGCGAUUUAUUUUGUUACGUGGCCGUAGUUUGGAAAUACAAAUCGCAGUUUCGCCUGAACACUACCAGGCGUCCCUGUAUUAUGCUGCACACUGAACGCGAUGAGCGAUGAGUGACCAAUGGGAGCUCUGCUUUUCAAACUUCUCUAUCUCUAGCAGAGCUGUCAUUGGAUAUCGCUCAUCGCUCAUCGCCCAUUGACUCCAGUGUGUGUACAGCGGCCAUUUUUGUAACAGCCUUUAGCUUCUAGUAAUUUUAGGAAUUCCUGCAAAUAAUAUUGUCCCUAGUAGUUUCCCUAAGAAAUACAUCUUUCAAGCGCGUGCUGGUGGUAGUCGUGGCAACAUUUGCGCGGAACUGCGUUGCAUCGCUGUCAAAAACAUACUUUUGUAAUCUCUGAUUUGUUUUUAUCAUGCGUGUAUUUGUUACGGUAUUGCAUCAUUAUCCGUCGCUUACCUUCAGUAUAAUAACUGCAGGAAAUCCCUGUUAGUUUCUGCAAUCAAGUGCUUAGCAAUCUUGAAGGUUACUCCUUAUUUUCCUUGUGCAUCUGCUGUACAAAGGAAGUAAUUGGAACACCAUGGCUACAACUGUGGUACUGAAGCGUUCGGCUCGGUUAAGGUCUCGUAACCAAUCCAUUACUGUUCUGCCUGAAAUAAAGCGUAAGCCUAAAAAGGUUACCACUGUCAAUAAAAGCAUACAGAAAGUGAAUGUUAGUGCAAGAAGAUUGCGCCCACGUCAGAGUAAAAGAAACUAUUGUGACGAUUCAACAUUAUUGCAAAAGCAUGUUCCCACACAGCAGCAUGAAAGUGUAGUAAUACUGGAAAAGUUAGAUAUCGUCCAAAAAAAAGUACCCAUAUAUAAAACUUUGAAAUCUGAAAAGUCUUUGGAGGAGAAGAGUGAUGUAUACGAUUUCCCAUUUGAUCCCAACGACAUGAAAGAGAAAAUAAAGAAGAAAAAGAGAAAGCUGAGGAAGAAGAACGUUAACAAAACUGGAAACAAAGUGACUAAGAAAUCCAGAGUUAAGAAAAAAAUUGAACUAUCAAAGAGAGAACCGACAGAAUCAGGAUCAAAGGAGAGAGAAGAUGUACAGAUCAACAAGAUUGAAGCACCAAGAAUAGAUGCGGAUGUCCAAACAAAAAAAAGGGAAUCAGUGAAAAACGAUGUAGAGAAGAUUGAAACAGAUAGAAUAGACACAGAUAUUCCAGCAAUAGAAGAAACAAUCGGUAACGAAGAUAUUGUAGAGCCGAUUGUAGCAUCGGGGAUAAAGAUAGAUGUUCAGGUAGUAGAAGAAUCAGUAAAAGAAGAUAUUGUAGGCGAAGCUGGAACUUCACAAACAGAUUCAAGCAUUCAGAGUAUGGGAGAAACGAAUUCUGAGAAGACAAUUGCGAAUCAAAACAAAAAACAAGAUACAAAGAAGCCAAAAAUUGUAUCUAUCGAGAACGCAAAUAAUAUUGUAGUGACCAGAACAUCGCCCAACAAGAGCAAAGAUUUAGACGUUUGGCCCUUUCGGCCAAAGAAUAUAUUUGAUAAUAAAACCUCCAAGGGACAAUCUGAAAACACACUAAAUUCUUCAUUAUUAACGAAAGCUUUAUCCCCCAUUAUGAAGGUAUCCAACUACUUGGAUCUUGGAAGUCCCUGGCGACCUCCAACAUUCCCAGUGUUUUCUCAAGCAAAACACUUUGUUCAAAGCACACCAAACGUGAGCAUGAACAAUGAAAAUAUAGAAGAGGAUAAAGAAAACUUGCAAGUAAAUAAGAAAAGUAAAUACCCGAAGAAGAAAGAAAAGAAGAAACCAGUUGCCUUUUCCAAGAAACCUUUAAUUCCGAGAGAAUUUCCCACUGAUCAGAAUCUAAACAAAAUUAAAACAGUACCAGCAAGCAAAACUGUUGAACAACCGGCACCUUCCAGAAUUUCAUUGCGGAAAAUAAGAACUUUGUUCCAGAAGAAACCAAAUAAUGAUAGAGACAACAAACAGGUGAUGAAUGAAACGCAAACUGAAACUGAUAAAUCACCUGUAAUGCAAAGAGACAAACAGCUAGCAAAUUAUCUAAAUUUUUCCGAUACUUUCGACGUUAUGUCUGAAUCAGAAAGAUUGUCGAACAUUGAACCCGCUCCUUUAUUUGUCGAUUUGGAACCCUCAUAUUUCUCAAAGCCGCCGCAACAUUCGUAUAAACGAAAACGUUGCGUCAAGUUUGACUUCUUAGAAGAUGACGAAGAAGAUGGUGAGGAAAAGCAUGUUGAAACACACAUGAAGAAGAAGAAGCUUACAAAACCGGAGAAGGAACACCAGAAAGAAAUGAAUGAUUGGGUAAAAUCGAUCAACAGUACAUUUGAAGAAAUUGACAAUUAUAAUUUGUUAAUUGAGUAACAUAUGUAAUACUUAAAUUAUAUUACAACACGUUAAAAUUUAAAAAAAGGAUACCUGAAAGUUCAAAACUAUAUAAAGCAAGGAGCAUAUUUAAUACUUAAAUUUUACUUGAUUAAAUGUUGCUUUUUUAAAUUCUUUAUGUAAGAUGUAUAACUAUGACACUACUGAAGCUUUCUUUUUAUGUAGUUAUAUAUUGUAAACACAAUCACAUUUAAAAUCGAACACAACAUUUUUAUUUAUAAUAAAAGUGAGAAUCUUAAAUAUAAUGAUUUAUUUUCUAGAAUUAUUAAUUCAAGUAAGAAUUGCCUUUUUCUUUUCUCUAUUACAAGUCGUUUUAUCAAAUGAGUGUUUCAAAGAUACAUGCUUUUAUGUAAUUUUAUACUAGAUAAAUAUAUUUUUACAAUUUUAUGAUAAAGCAAACAACUUUAAAUAUUUAAAUAAUAAUGGUAUUUAUAAUAAUUCGUAUAGAGAGUUACGAUAAUGCAAUAAACUAUGUUAACAAGUAAGAUAUUUAAAAUCAUAUUGUAUUAUAUAAAUAGCUAUUUCUCUACGUUGUACAUAAUAAACUAUUCUUAAAUUC